UUCCAAUUAUUUUAGUAUAUAUAGAAAGAGAGAGGUUGGGUGGCAUGAUUUACUGGAAAAUGCUUGAAAUUCGCUACAUUGUUGGCAAUCUUUGAUGGAUCACCAGCCUUCUGGACUGCUCUUUACAGAAAUUCUUCCCAAGGAAUUGCCUGAUCGAUUUUGAUACCUCUAGCUUUCCUUUCCCUUCUAUAUUUUUGUUGAGGUAGAGAAGGGAAGGAGAGCGUAAAUUUGAGGGAGAAAGGGAAAGGAUUAGACUCCUUUUUUUUUGUGUUGGUGAGAACAAAAUGACUGUUGUUUCCGGGGUUAUCUCAAGGCAAGUGUUGCCAGCUUGUGACAACCUUUGCUUCUUCUGCCCCGCAUUGCGUACGAGGUCCAGGCAGCCGGUCAAGAGGUACAAGCACUUGAUAUCGGAUAUUUUCCCCCGCUCUCAGGAUGAAGAAGUGAAUGAGAGGAAGAUUGGGAAAUUAUGUGACUAUGCUUCAAAAAAUCCUUUACGCAUUCCCAAGAUAGCAGACUCCCUCGAACAGAAAUUCUACAAGGAAUUAAGGAAUGAAAACUACCGAUUUGUGAAGAUUGUUAUGCUGAUCUACCGGAAGUUAUUGUUAUCUUGCAAGGACCAAAUUCGGACAGUUCUUCCACUCUCAAUGUAUACAAUCUAUGUUGCCCAACAUCCCGGAGAACCCAUGCUUCUCCUCGUGCAUCUCAAGCAUCAACCCCCGACAAUCUUCGUGAGUAGGGCUUCGAAGGUACUGCUCACUGAAAAAUGUUCAUCACGCCCUCACAGAAAUACUUCAGACAUUCCAGGGCUGUCGACUCACCGAUGUGGAGGUACUCAUCCCACAUGUCCGCCGCGCCUCCAUAGGCCAACUGCCUGA